AUGCAAAUGGUGGAGGGGACGGACAUUCGUCAGCCACCGCUCGCUGCGCUUGAGACGGCGGCAAAUGAGGUCGCUACUGAUGGAGAAAACGCUCAAAGCGUCUCAAAGCGUGCUAUGCGGAAACAGAAGCGUCGUGUGCAGUGGGAAGAGCGCAAGAUGGAAAAGAAGCUCAAGCGUCAACGACAGCAGCAGGACAAGCUGACCAAUGGCCUCGUGGCGCUACCGAAGGAGCUGGAUAUGAGCGACGAGGCCGUGCUUCGACGCAAAGAAAGGACGAUUGCCAAGCGGGAGACGUACCUCAUGGCUGCAGAGGAAGGGGUGAAGGUCGUGAUUGACUGUGAGUUUGAGGAAAAGUUGACGGAAAAGGAGAAGAAGAGUCUGUCGCAGCAGAUCAUGUUUUCGUAUGGAGUGAACCGCCGCAGCAGGACGCCCAUGAAUGUCUGCAUCACUUCUCUGCACGGUGACAUCCGGAAGAACCUGGAGAAAAUUGUUGGGUUUCAUGAGUGGCAGGCGUUUACAGGAUCUCCGAAGAGCUACAUCGACCUUUUCGAGAAGAACUCGCUCGUUUAUCUCACCGCUGACUCGCCUACGAUCAUCACGAAGCUGAGGCGCGACAAGGUUUAUAUCAUUGGUGGUAUCGUCGAUCGCAACCGAUUGAAGGGUAUCACGUAUGAAAAGGCAGUCGCACAGGGCAUUGAGACGGCGAAACUCCCUCUUGAUGCUGUAGUUGAAAUGGGCGCUGCCACACGUGUGCUCACUGUUAACCAUGUUUUUGAGAUUCUGGCGCAGUUCUCAGAAGUAAAGGAUUGGGCGCAGGCCACGCUUGCAACGCUUCCGUCGCGCAAAGGGGCUCAUCUGAAGACAAGGAAAGCGGCUGGAAUUUAG